AGAGAUUGGUUUCUUCGAUUGUGGGGUGUGUUACUUCUUUUGCUUCUGCUCAGUCCAGUGAUAACUGGAAGGGAAACUUGAUUCAAACAGUUUGGCCUAGGCUGGCCUUCUUGGGUCAAAGGCCUAGUUAGGUUUGUGAACUAUAGAGACACCCGUCCUCCCCAACAAAAUCUGGGGACGUGGAAUAUGUGCGCUGGCCUGAUUGGCAGUGACAGAAGACGUGGGAAGUAACUCUCUUUCAACACCUCCUCUGGCGCUGUGAGAUGAAGAGAGCUCUUCAGAAAGGAAAUCUUGGAAACUGUUAUUAGCAGCGCAGGGCGCAGGCAGAGCAGUCUUUGAUUGAGCGAAGCUGAAAGUUCUAUUGAUUGUGUGUAGAUCUUAUCUCUAGAUUCUAGACCUUGCGUCUUGGUUCUUCUCAAAGGUUUAGGACAGAUCACUUCCCUCUGAUUCCUGUGAUUUAUUGAAGGACGUUUUAAAUUCUGGCUGAAGAGCUGUGCUGGUUAUGUUUUCCGGCCAACACACGACUGUCUUCACUCUACUGUUGAGUCAGUGCAAGAACUUGGACACCCACAACACGACUGUCUUCUCUCUACUGUUGUCUACUGUUGAGUCAGUGCAACAACUUGGACAAAUGAUAUCCUUUACGAUGGGCAGUUGAUUGGUGUCAGACUUCCUGCCUUAGACUAAGGACAGGUGAAGAUCCUCCAUCAACCCGACAAGAAGACACAGUUAUGGCAGCAGCAAAGACUGAGCCGAAAAAGACGAAGGAGUCUGCUGGAUUUAGUGAGCUGGGUGACUUUCCGUCCGUCAAUGCCUGGGUGAGAGAGUUGCGUUGGAUGACAGAGCUGGAGUGCAUGAGCAUUCUGCAAGGGAAACCUCUAGAUGGCUCGGCGGAGCAGGACAAUACCGCCUUCCAGGUUCAGGCUUUUCGAGAUGCUAUUGACCGUGUGAAAUUUGAGUCGAACAAAAUCACAGAAGGAUUCAACUCUUUGUUCAAGUGUUUCGACAACAACAAAUGGUCCACCCUCAACACAGAGACCAUGGGUGUGACCUGCAGCAUCCGCAAACUCAUCCAGCUGUGCAACUCCCACGUGGCGGAAGUGCCUUCGUUUAUACAAGAGCAACAAGAGGUUGUGAUGGGAGAGUCGGCUAAGCUGCUCCAGCAUACAGCCAGCGCUGCUGAUAAGAAUGUAGUCCACAAGGUGCCUCUGGUGAAUCAGCUGACGUUCCUGGGUCAGUCCUUCAGCCGCCUCGUGGACUCCACCCUGGGAUAUCUCGUCAAGCAAAUUGUGAGCAUGAUGGAGGCGUGCACGAGUGUGUCCUCCCUGCACGUGGUCAUCAACAACAUCAUCACGCUGGGCCUGGAGGGAGAGCACAUGUGCUACAUGCUGGCGCGGGAAGGAGCUGUGAGAAGCCUGGCAGACGUGUGUCGUCGGGAGAACGUGGCCUUCACCCGCUCCAAAGCUCUGAGGGGCCUGGCCACCAUCUGCUGCGCCCCGGAGUGUGUCACUGAGCUGGAGAAGGAGCACGGCAUUGACCUCCUGCUGGACAUUCUGAUGGACAUGGCGGUGCCCGAGUCGGUGCAGGGCGAGGCGGCCGGGGUCAUCGCUCAGAUCACGUCCCCGGUGCUGGACCAGAACCACCAGCUGUGCCACCUGGCAGACUGCCUGCAGGUUGUGCUCACCGCUCUGUUAGAUUUGUGCGAGAGAACAGACGGCCAUGAAACAUUCCUUUUGUCAGCGGCAGCAAUGGCCAACAUCACUUUCAUCGACUCCUCGGCGUGCACCAUGUUGCAGGAGCUGAAGGCACCCCAGCUGUUGGUGAAAGCUUGCAUGUGCCGCAAAGCCAAGUCCUUGUUUGCCAAAGACCAAGUGGCUACUAUAUUAGCUAACAUGGCAGCCAUUCCUACGUGUCAAGAGAGUGUCCGGUGUUGUGGUGGCCUUGACCUCUUGGUCACCUUCCUCCACCAAAAGCCCUCGCUGGUGUCCAGCACGGCCGAGCGGUCGGCCUGUGAGCGGGUCCAGCAGAAGGCCGCCAUUGCUCUGAUGCGCUUGUGUCAGGAUACCAGACAAACGUACAAGGUCAUUCGGCAAAAAGGCAUUCCAAGGUUCGUGGAGUUGUGUCGGGAGGCUGAGGCCAGGAACAACAGCGAUGCAGUUUUAGUGGCUUGUUUGGCUGCCCUGAGAAAAGUGUGUGCCCUGUACGGCCGCGAGGGAAUCUCCAGCCUGGACUACCAGCAGCUGGUUCUGCCACAGCUCAUGGACUCCUUCCUCAUGUGUUCACACACCGACGAGAACUUUGUCUGACGCUCUCAUGUGCCAACAAUAAUGGGUUUUUUUUAGGGGGGUUAUUUUAUUAAUUUUUUGGGGUAUAUUCUCACAAAUUGUUGUGUAAUGCUUGUGUAGGGACUUAAACUGGUUUGGAAUUGAGCAGGUGAACCAGAACUUGACCAGGCUCAUGGGUCAUGUAGAAUCGGAGGAUAUGGAGUAUAGUCUUGAUUACUUGAACCAUUUUUUUGUGGGGCUGGUCUGUGGAAAGAUGACAUCCUGGGACUGGGUCAUGGAAAAGGCUGAAGUAGUCUGUUUUGUAGUUGAUACUGUCUAUCUGAACAUGAAUGUGAGCAUUUAUUUAAUGAUAAGAUAUUUGCCCAGUUUUCUUGACUUGUUUGAUAAUUUAGUGACCCUUAACGAGGCUUCUAGCUACACUGGAUCUUUGUUUUUGAGCGGGUAGAAUUUUGGUUACUCUACAUUCAGUGUUAUGAGCCAAGUCACGUCUGUGGAUGCACUAUGAGAGUACUGCCUCUUGGCUUGUGAUGUUGGAUGUAUAAGUACAUGUGCAUAUACGGGAGCUGUUGUGAACGGGUUAAUCGACUGAUGUAUCGGUUCCGACGUCCAUGGGGCAUUCUUUUGUCGGACCAAUGACGUCACCGUCAAUGCCUAGAGGGUUGUAUUGACACUUAAGACACAUUGAAUGAAGUUCCCUUAGUAUUCAGGCGCAGUUGCUUGUGUGCUUUCAAUUUUUUUCCUGUUUGGGCAUCACGAUCUAGUCGUUAGGAUGUUAGAUUAUUUACAGUAGUAAGAUUGUUGGUUUGAUCCCCAGUUCGGUUAUGUGGGAAGUUUCGCAUCUAUGGGGGAAAGUAGCAAACACGAAUUUGAUCAGUUUUACCAGCCGCGUGCGGGUUUACUCUUCAUCUCCAGCGAGCCGCUCCAAGUGGCUCGCAGUCGGAAUUGCUGUGCCGGUGAGCAGCUGACAGCGGCUCGGGCACAUUCCUUUACGACGACUUCGACAUCAAAUUAGUUUUCACCAAUUGCCAAGAACAGGUCUCUUUUAUUGGGAUUUCUUUCUUUAGAUGAAGUACUAUCGAAAUAGGUUCACUUGUUUUGAUUUAAUGACCAAUUUAGCGACGUUUUGGUCAUUUUCAAAUUAAGCACCAAAAGCGGGCCUCAGCAUAGUGGGUUUACCCCCCCCCCCCCCAUGGAGAUAAAGAGUUAAAGAAAAGGGGGUUCGAGAAGGGAAAUUGUGUGAGUGAUAAUGUUUGAGCACUUCACAAGCUGCCACUGUGCAUGUCUUCCUGAGCGCCAGCUUAGAGGAAUAUACAAUGAAACGGUCAACUCAGUCUGUCCACGAGUCAAUCCACCAAAAAUCACCCCUACUUAAAAAAAAAAAACCCACCAAAAACCCAGCAUGCCAGUGGAAUAGGCAGAUCAUCCUCAUUGUUAGGAACAGAACAACCCAAGUUUGUUUUAUCCUUUUCAGCCUUUGGGUGCCAACUACACAAACAAUUGCCAUUUGGAUUAUUUGGACACAUCUUGAGUGCCUGUUGAUCCUGCUGUUAUCCUCAUUCUACCACCAUCCAUCCCCUUUCCUGAACAUUGGCUACUGUCAAAUCGGUUUAUUUUAAUUCAAGACAUUAUAUUUUUUGCUUAUGGAAACAUUUUUUUUUAAUGGAAAAAAAAUGUAGUUCUCCAAAUUCAAAAUCAAUCUAAAAAUGUUAAAGUUUUGCAUUUUUCUUUUUUCACUGACACACUAGAAGGAUAUCCUAUUGAAAGAUGAUGCAUAUUGAAUAAUUGAACGUAUAUAAUAACUGAGAAAUACAGAGUCAAGGAAAAAA